ACCUCGGGUGCUGUGGUUGAGCGGCUCCUCGUCCCUCCGCAGGUGUCGGUACCUGGCCGUCCAGCUGUCCCCGGCCAUCCCCGUGUUCGCAGCCGUUCUCUUCCUGUUCGCCAUGGCCACGCUCCUGCGGACGAGCUUCAGUGACCCCGGGGUGAUCCCCAGAGCCCUUCCUGACGAGGCAGCCUUCAUCGAGAUGGAGAUUGAGGCCACCAACGGGACCGUGCCGCAGGGCCAGCGCCCACCGCCGCGGAUUAAGAACUUCCAGAUCAACAACCAGAUAGUGAAGCUGAAGUACUGCUACACGUGCAAGAUCUUCCGUCCGCCCCGUGCCUCUCACUGCAGCAUCUGCGACAACUGCGUGGAGCGCUUUGACCAUCACUGUCCCUGGGUGGGCAACUGCGUGGGGAAGAGGAACUACCGCUACUUCUACCUCUUCAUCCUCUCGCUCUCACUCCUCACCAUCUACAUCUUCACCUUCAACAUCGUCUACGUAGCACUGAAAUCUCUGAAGAUUGGGUUUCUGAACACGUUGAAGGAAACCCCAGGGACUGUACUGGAGGUGCUCAUCUGCUUCUUCACCCUGUGGUCGGUGGUGGGAUUAACUGGGUUCCACACCUUCCUGGUGGCACUGAAUCAGACGACCAACGAAGAUAUUAAGGGGUCCUGGACUGGGAAGAACCGCGUGCAGAAUCCCUACAGCCAUGGCAACAUAGUGAAGAACUGCUGCGAGGUGCUCUGUGGGCCUCUGCCCCCCAGCGUCCUGGACAGACGGGGCAUCCUGCCGCAGGAGGAGAGCACGGCACAGGACGAGUCGUGCCCACGGGGGCCCAGCGCCCCGCAGCCCACGGCCACCCAGGGCCCUGGUGGGCAGGCAGAGGAGAGCGGCACGCAGCAGGACAGCAGCCUCCCUCACCACAGCGCUGUCCCUGCGCCGUCCCUGAGCAACGCGGAGAUGCCAGAGGAGAAGCAGCUGACGUCUGGGGAGCUCCCGGCCCCGUCCCAGGACGCUGGGCGAGCAGAGCACUAACCUCUGCUUGGAAGGGAGAACUUUCUUGUUUUGUCUAAUCAAAGCUGGAAGUGAUUGAGGAGAGGAGGAGAUGGGCUGGAUGGCAGGCAAACGAUUCCUCAUGGCCAUUUUGCUUUAGUCAUUAU